AUGAUGCUUUUGGAGGAGCAGUCUGACUCUGACACUGUCCAGCAGAGACGGAGCAGAGUCCUGCCCUCUGAUGAUGAUGAUGACGAUAAGGUGGAAGACGCCAGCUGGAAACAGACUCCGAAGAAAGGUAGAGGGAUGAGAAAACCUUUAUCUGGCACGUCCAAUUCCAGGAAGUCUUCAUCUGGCAGUGCAUCAGCUGAAGCAGAACAGAGCAACAGAGUGGAAGUAAAGAAGAAGAAACGUCGUGGAGGAACACAGUUAGAGGAGGUGCUGGAUGCCUUCAUUGAUUUCUGUGAGCAGUACAGGGAGACGGUGGAGUCCAAAGCUGUCAAACAGGCCAUCGAUUCUUUCUCCAACAAUGUGAAGGAACAGCUGAUGGAAAAGAUCACUUCUCACAAGGAGCUCCGGGUUCUAAAGAGGGAAAACGCUAAGGUGGGCUCUCUGACCCGUACAAAGAUGCAGAGACUGUUGGACGCCAAACAUGAGAUGAUGAGGGCUAAAAGGCAGGUUUCACUGCUAAAGAAAGAGAAAGCAGAACUGAAGCAAAGAUUAGCCGACCUGAGGCAAAGCCAGUCCUUCCUCUGUGACAUCAGAGAGCUCAACAGACAGUACUUAGAUUACCGACAGGCACACCCGAAAAAGAAAGAGAAGUAUGGGGCCUCCAGUUUGCCAGCUCUGUUAGUGGAGGCCAAGCAGAUUCAAGGAGCAGAGCGUCAGCUGAGGGCGAUCAAUAACCGACUGGAAAAAACACUAAAGAAGAAUGGAAAAUAAUGUGCUGUAGCAUCUACACACACACACACACACACACACACACACACACACACAUACAUACACA